UUAUUGAUUUCUCACUUCAGCUGAAAAUUCUUAUUAGAAAGCACAACAAUUUUAAUUUGCAAUUCAGCAAAUACGUUUAUAAAAAUACAAGAAAAGUGAAAAGUUUACUGUCGAAUCACAAGUGCUCCAAUUACAAUUGAAAUAUGGGAGCUGCGUUCUUUCCAAUUCUAUUUUUCACAGCCCUUUGGGGAGCUGUGGGCAUUGGAAUGCCGAUUAUGACGCCAAACGGUCCGCAUCAGAAUUUAAUACGUUGUAUUCUGAUGCUAACUGCGGCCUGUUGUUGGCUGUUCUGGCUCUGCUGCUAUAUGGCCCAGAUGAAUCCUUUGAUUGGACCAAAAAUUAAACGUGAUGCCCUUGCUAUGAUUGCAAAGUCGUGGAGUGGUAAUACGCUGCGAGAUGCAUAAAUCUUUACUGUCUCCCAUAUGCAUAAUUCAAGUUAUCUAUUAUUGUAAAAAAUCAUGUUA